UAUAUUACUUAUACUUUGAUAUUUAGAACAGUUUUUAAAGCAGAUUGUUUAUGAAAUGAAAUUAUGUUUCUAAUUAUGUUUAGAAAUGCUACAAGUGAUGAUACUUACAAUCUAGUUGAGCACAAUGGCAAUAUUCCUUGUAAAAUAAACUCUGAUGUAAAAGAUGGUGAAAUUUGGGAAGAUGCUGUUCAAGAUCAUAAAUUUGAUGAAGAUGAGACAGUUACUGCUCCUAUUGAAGUAUUAGCAGAGUUUUUAUCAGCUGUUAUGAGCAAAGAUUAUAAAAGUGCUUUAAAUUAUUGCAGAAUCAUUCUACAGUAUGAACCAGAGAAUAAAACUGCAAAAGAAUUUCUUCCAUUAAUAGAAGAAAAAUUAAAAUUAGAAGCAAAACUAGAUGAAAAUUCUGAGAGUGAAAAUGAUUCUGAUGAGAAUGAUAGCAGUGAUUAUUAUUCCAGUGCUGAUAGUGGAAACAGUAAUAGUUCAUGUUCAUCCUGUAGCAGUAGCAGUGAAGACGAUGUGCUUGCAGAAAAUACAUCUGAACUUUGUGAGGGUCUGGAACAAUUUAAUAUUCAAUAAGUUUGUAUGUGUCAUAUAGCAAAUGCUAUCUUUGUGCCAAAAUAAUGCAAUUUAGUCCGUACAUGUUUCACAAAAUAAUGAAGAUUUUAAGCUCAAAAUUAGUUUUUCUUUUGCUUUAAUGAGAGUAAUAUUUGUAAAAAAAACAUUCUGCUUUCACUGUUACAUGUCAGACAUUACCAUAUUUGUAAAAAUUUGGAUGCCAUUUACACAUUUCCAUAAUUAUUUAAUAGAGUAGAUGAUAUUUAUUGUAAAUUAUCUUUGUAUAUCAUAAAUGAUUUGUGUAAAUACACUUUUACUAUAAUUAUUGUUAAAUGUACUAUGUAUACAUCCCACACAAUUUUAAUGAAAUUUUUAAACACAGUUAAUUGUGUUUAAUAACAUUAAUCACA